AUGAAAUCGGUGAUUGAAAGGUAUAACAGUUUCAAGGAAGACCAAGUGACAAAUCCAGAAUCUGAAGUCAAGUUUUGGCAAAGGGAGUCUGAAAUUUUAAGGCAGCAACUACAGACUCUACAAGAAAACCAUCGGCAAUUGAUGGGAGGACAACUUUACGGUUUGAGCAUCAGAAACCUACAAGAUCUUGAGAGACAACUGGAACUUAGUCUCCAAGAAAUCCGAAUGAGAAAGGAGAAAAUUCUGACAGACGAAAUCCAUGAGCUGAACCAAAAGGGAAACCUAAUCCAUCAAGAAAAUGUGGAACUUUAUACGAAGGUAAACCUCAUUCAACAAGAAAACACACAACUACACUGCGGAACAAUAGAGGUUUAUGGCACAACAGAUUCGGCCACACUCGCACCAAGCAAAAAUGCAUUUGCUCAGUUUCCAUAUGGCAGCGGCGGAGGAGAGUAUCCACAAACAUUAUUUCAACUUCAGUUAUGCCAGCCUGAGCAAGAACAGUACUGCGAAACCUCAGGUAGUGCAACUGCAACAAAAUGA